ACAGCCAUAACUGUAGACCAAUUAAAAUAUCCUAUUAUUUGAAUAAUAGGCCUAUGUGUUCUGACCAAUGAAAAGCCUGUAUACAUAUGCCAUACUCUACCACACUUUAAAAACGCAGGGGUUUUUUUUCUAAAACCAAAACCGAAUUUUUAAAAACAAUUUUAAAGUUAAUCCAGUUCUUGCAAAUGAAUUAGAUAGUAAUUAGAUAAUUUGCAAGCAUUUCUCACCAUGUUGACUAGCUAUCUUAUUGGUUGCCGGCUAACUACUUUGAAUUUGCCGUUAGCAAAUGUCUAGCUAAGAUAGCUGACUCGCUAGUGGACUUUUUCACUGUGGUAGCGCUAGCUUUAGCUAGCGAAGCUAAAUCGUUAUGUAGCUAAUUAUGUCAUGCUGCAAAGUAAUGUGCCAAGGAUAAUUCAGAUUAAUUCACUCCGCUCUUUGUGUUCCGCUGCUGUCUAAAAUAGGUUUUAACAAUAUGGAGUAUCCUCCCAGCAAACGCCUAAAAGGAAUACAGAAUGAAGAUCCAUUUGGGGAUGACGAAGACUUUACACAGGACGACCUGGAAGAGAUAGACAUUAUUGCAUCGCAAGCUAUUAUAGCCAGUACCAGCAAGAGACCACUAGAAUCCAUUUCUUCAUAUUCAGGAGAACGAAAAGACGCACCUGUAAUGGCUGUCAGGAAAACAGUUUCCAUCGGAAGCCACCAAUCAGGCAGCAGUAAGACAUGUAAUCAUAUGGAACAUCAAAGCAGUGGCACAUUUGGAAAUGCUCAAGUAUGUAAAGACAGAGAUGACUUGUGCUAUAGCAGACUGGAGACACAGCAAGCAGAAUUAAAGAAAAAGCUGAAGGAGGUGGAGGACCAGAUCUUGAUGAAGAAUGGUGAGAUCAGGGUACUGCGAGACUCCCUCAAACUGGCCGACCAGGAGAAGGAGCAUCAGAGACAGGCGAGUCUUGCACUGGAGAGACAGAGGGCCCUUAUACAGAGUGGAAAAGAGAAGGAGCUUUCAAAGAAGGUGGAGUCUCUUCAGUCUGAGCUGCACUUUAAAGAAGCUGAGAUGAAUGAAAUGAAGAGCAAACUACAAAUCUCUGACCGCGGAGGGCGGCUGGUUGGCACUCCUGUGAGAAACAGUGCAAACUCUCCUGGAAAUCAUGUAUUUGUGACUAAGGAGACCUUCUCAGCAGAGCUGUCUGUAAGACCAGCAGACACCAAAGGUCUUCAUGCGGAGGAUGUGGAACAAUUCCAGGCCAAAAAUGACAGAGAGGCAAUCAACUCAGAUGCUGCCCUGAAUUCAGACUUCCCUCACAAAGGACCCGUCUUGUUGCAUCUACUGCUCCAACAUCCUUUGAAGCCCAGCUCUUUGGGCCUCUGCCACUUGCUGUGCCUCAGUCCAGAAGCUCUUACUGGCCUCUUCGCCCAGUCAAAAUACCCUAGUCCUGCAUCCGCAGCUGCUUCUAGUACCUACUGCACAGAGUCUCGCACUCUACGGCAACCCCAAGCUCUUCUCUCCCAGCUGCAGAGUCUAGCCUUGUCAGGGUUGUCCAUGCUGCCCCACCACCCUUCUGCUCACACUGAACUCUGCCCUGCGUCGUCCGCUCAGCCUACCACCCGGACCUACCCUGCCGCGGUCCACCUUCUCCCCUUGCUUGCAUACCAUAUGAGCCUUUACUGUCAGACACUUGAGGCGCUCGACAGUUCCCACAAGAGCCCCCACCAAGGAAGCUCUCUGUCGACCUCCUCAGAGCGCAGUGCCACCUCCACUGCCGAGGACUCUCUGGGCACCCAAGAAGAGUUUGCCCUGGCCGCCAUCAGGGCACUUUACCACCUGGUGUCUGAGAGCAGUGAGGUUGUGCACACACUCUUGCAUGACCAAGAGGGAGGGGUCUUGGGCAAACCCAGCGAAGGGGUGCCUGACCUCAGCCAACUACAGCCAUUGUCAGGUCACGGUGGCGGGUUGGGGAAGACAAGCGGAGAGCCCCCAUUGCAGCACCCAUUGCUGAAGAGGCUCUUUCAAUUGUCAGAUCCCAAGUUCAUCAGCUGUGCCGGCCACAAGGAGGUGCUGGUGAGCUGUUGCCUCAAGACGCUCUGUGCACUAGCUGAGAGGGCGGACCAGAGCCAGCUCUGGAGAUUGAAGGUGGUGAUAAGUCAAGUCCUGCCUCAGAGUUUGUCUUUGGAAUCGCCAUAUAAUAUCGUUUGUCUUUCUGUGAAAUUCCUGUCUCUUGUGGUUGACUGUGAUGAGAUGGCUAUCAAGCUUUGCUCUCAUAACUUUGACGUGUGCCCCCUUCUCAGAGUUUUCCAGUAUGUAACCUCUACACCUGAUAAGACCAUCACAGAAUAUAUGUUGUCUCGUUUGGAAGUUGAGGUCAUUCGACUGUUGGCCAAGUUGUUCACUCAGAAGACGUCCACGUGGCCUGCUCUCAUCAGCGAGUCAUCUUGCCAGUGCAGUGGAGAGGUGGUGCGUACAGUGGUGGUUGUCUUGCAUAGGCAGUGGCUCAGAAUCAAGGGGAAUGAGAGGCAUGUGAUAAACAGCGGCCAGGCAUGGACCAGCCCCGGGGUCCAGUUACUCCGGGAGGCGCUCAUGUUGCUGCACUGGCUUCUACUGAAUGACUCCUCAUUUUCCAUGCAUUGCCUGGAGGUGCUGCAUAUGUAUCAUCAGGUCAUCCCCGCCAUCAGAGACACUCUCCGCAAGAUCCCCGAUCUCUCUGAAAGCGAAGAAUUGGCCCUUGAAGAGAUCUGUCGGCCAGAAACGGAGGAUAUUGAAGACAUGGACAUUGACACGGGUUCUUGAUGACCUGAGGUGAAAAUGGUUUAUAUGCAAGCUGUUUUUGACUAGGCCAUUCAAAUGUAUUGUGAUCUUUAUGUAAAUAUGUAAAAGGAAGGCUGAAGGAAGGUAAUGUAUAUGCUGUAUUUCUCAUUCUUUGACUUGUCACCUUUAUAUAGGUGCGCACUUAAAUCCUUUAUUAAAGAAAAUGUAAAAGUGGAUGACUUCUCAUUAUUGGUGCUUUGUCAGUUUAUGCAUAAUUUUGAUGAGGCAUGUGUAUUUCAAAUUCACAUAAACUUGUUAUUGACUCCAGGACCUUUUUGUGUAACCAGCACAGACACUUGUUACUGCCAUAAUGAUAAAUUAAAUCACUGAUGUAAACAAAUGUUGUCAGAACAAAUGGCAAUUUAUGUUCCAUGGUGCUGAGUAUGACAAAUCCAGUUAUGCACAAUGUUUUAUUUGUCUUUGCAUUCAGGGAGCUGCUUGGAAUAAAAACAUGUUACAUGUAAAAUUUAAUUAAUACCAUACAAUCUGAAACAAACAAAAAAACAUCCAACAAGAUGGAGCAAAAUAUCUGGGGUGGGGAUGGAAGAGUGAACAGGAAAAGAAUUACAUGCCAGCAUUUUAACAGCUACAUGACUGUCUAAUGACAAAGACAUCAGAACUAUGUAAGGCUUCAAGCGAGAGUUCAAAGAGUGCAUAAUUUUAAAAUCUGACAAAAGGUCAUCCAGUUACUUUGAUGUCACAUUGAAAGGAAUGGCUAUGUUUUUGAAUAUGCAAACUCUUUAAAGAAGGGGGUCUGCAUUUUACACUUUUGGGCCACACUAUGUUUGUGUGUGUAUUGUGCCAGCUGAAGAAAGAGGGGUGGGGGAGAUUCUAACAAUAUUCUUGCAAGCAAGGAAUGAAGCUGAUGAGACUAUGCAUGAAGUCUGAAGGUCAGACCAAAGCGACAGGCAGGUGUCUACCUUAACAAAACCAGUGGGAUUCCCCCUUAAUUAUGAACAAGGUUUCUUUUCAAAUAUCAGGCGUAUGGAAACACAAACAUCUUCUUCCCACAAAGGUAUGUGGUUUGAUUUCCAACUUUCAUGACCAUUCUUGUAAUGUGUAUAACAAGAGAAAAAUAAACUAAUAAAAGACUUUAAUCUGACAUUAGAUUUACCCUCGUCAGCCUCACCUGUCUGACAGAUUUAUCACUUCAACCUUGACUGCAUAAAAGGGAUGAAAUAAGGUAUAUUCAGGAUCCUUGCCUUUUCAAACUUGUGCGCAAAAACACACUUUACUCAAGAGGUCAUAAAAUAUUCACAGAUGCAUCCACAACCUGAAUAAAACAGACCCACACUACAUCUAUGUACUCUGUUCAAUCCUAAUAAUCUACUUUUUAAUGCUACUUGUCUACAACAACCCACCACAAUCUUCAAUAGGGCAUAAAUCUUUGGUUUUACAAAACAAUACAGUAUCAAUACGCAAAAUUAAUAACAAAACCAACUUUUUCACAAAUUUUAUUCAAAAGUAAGGUCUUAUUCCACACCAUAACGUGCUGCAAGACAUCCUUGUAAAUGAUCAAACGGUUAAAACAGUUUGAGAGUCUUAACUGAAUGAACAAAUGAUAUAGGCAAAGGAAUAAAAAUUAUCGGUGUGCAUGUUCACACUGAUACAAAUCAGCAGGCUGUUAACUGCUCAAUCAACAAACAAGUAUACUUUGUUUAGGAAAAGGAGCCCAAUCUGAGAUGUAUUCAUUUAUAUUAAUCUUUAGCUCAUUUUAGCCAUUCUUACCUGCAUCUAAAUCUCACCGUCUACCCCCUCUUCUAUACCCUGGGGUAGCACCACACAUCAAAAGGUCAAAAAGUACACAGCACUUGUCCUCAUUAUAUUAGUUUUCUCAAUAUUUAUCCAAAAUGUUUGUAAAAUAAUAUUCAGAGACCUAAAGCAACACCCAAAACUAUACCAAAAAUGAUCAACUACAGACAUAACUACAACCAGUUUGCUAAAGUAUUAGCCAAGCAAUCUUAAAGCACAAAAUGUGCGUGCCUGCCUGCUAAUUACUAAAGGGAUUAUAUGAUUCCAUAUUUUAAAUCAUAUAAUCUGGUCAGUCAUUAACAGGCAAGCAUUUGUUACACUUAUGGCUUGCAUAGCUACUACAGCAAGUACUUGUAAUAUACCAAGAAUGCCAACUGUAUAUGAACCGUGGAUGGCUCGAUAUGCUUACUGGCAAAGUCUUAAAAACAAGACUGACACCCUAUGGCUCAAUCAGGAGUAAAGUUUAGAUCUCAGCUACAUGCCCCCCCUACAAAAGGCCAGGGCUUUGAGCUACUCAGUGGGGCUACUCCAGAGGCAACGCUAAGGAAUAACCUAGGAUGAAAAGAUUUGGAUGUUCAAAAAAAACAAAAAAAAACAAAUGAACAACCAAAGCACCAGUGUUCUGGUUUUCAAUCUUGGACCUGACCUAUUCCUUUUAACUCCCAAAACAGAAAAGCUCAAAUUGCGACCUCUGGUCAUGAAUA